AUCAGUAAUGCAAUGGUGUGAAAUAUACUACUUCACAAAAGAAUGGUGUCAGUAUUGGUUUGGAUGAGCUUUCUAAUAUUCAUCCCAGGUUCUCAUUUAGACAACAAUCUCACUUGUGCAAAACCAAACCUGUUUGAUGAAUUCAGAGAUAAAUUUGGCAAAAAAAAUGAAACACUUAAAGUGAAUGGUGGCUUCUAUAAUAAAUGUCUCCACAUGUAUGAAAAGGACACGAAAUUAAAAGUUGAUGAAAACACCAUAAGAGCGAUCUCCGAAAAAGUGAACAAGCUUGCUGGAGGAAUAAUCGAGCAAAUUGCUGAAGAUGAAGGGAUGGAUCACUCAGAUUAUCUUCCCGCAUUUAUGGAAACUUGCUUUGUGAAAUCACAUCUCGAAGAUUUCGCAAUUAAACUCAACAAGUUCUUUAAAAAAGAAUACAAAAUGAAACUGACUUGUCCAUUGGGUUUACUCUGGGAUAUCAUCUGCACCUUUCAAACCUGCUUGGAGUCUGAUUGUGUUGUAGAUGAUGAAGUGUGUACGGACGCUAACGAUACAAAUGCUUGCUCUAAAGUGAACCUAAAGCUCUUUUGUAUGGUGGAUUUCGGAAGUUUUGUUGAUAGUUGCGUCGAUGACGAAAACCAAUUCAAGAUACCUAUGAAACAAGCAUUAAGUGCUGUAUUAAGGAACAGCAGCUGCUCAAACUUCAACUACAUUUACCAGGGAAUGCCUUCUUUACAAGUUAUUGAGAAAAGUGUUAUCGCUGCUGAUUGUGGAGAAGUUAUUGUUACCAUGAAAUGCUUUAGGAAUGGCGAACAUUUGAAGCAAGCGACGUGGUCUUUAAAGGAUGUGAAGGAUGCUGAUGUUAGUAACGGAGCAUUACAUAUUAGUCGAAAAGAUAUUCUGUUAAAUCAAAGAAAUUUUUCCUGCUAUGAUGGUCCUGCUAAAGUAGCAGAUAUAACCUCACACCAUCUCCUGAAACUGUGUAACUCGGAUAGAGGAAAUGAAGUAUCAAAUGACAUUGACAUUGUUAUUGAACUCGAUGAUGACAAUGGAAACUAUAUAACAGCGCCACCAGAGCCUACAAGUACAACCCCGCACACGAGUUCAACUCCUCAACCUAUAGAUAAAAACCGGAAUAAAUGGAAGGAUUUUUACAAGGAUGAUAAAAUAUGGCUGUUCCGUAAGUACUCCAGUUUGGAUGGGAUUAAUGCCUUCGAUAACAAGAACAGGCUUCAGACAAACAUUGAUAAGCUAAGUGUAGCGAUGGUGUCUGUGAUGGGACGAUUAACGCCUAUAUGUGGAGAAUUGUGGAAUAAGGAGGCCGCUGCAGUGUUUUGUAGGGAGGCCGGUGCCCAGCUUAGUCAAAACUGGACUGUGUUACAUGUUGGUUCCUUGCACAAAACCAAAAAUGAAAGACACAACGAAAGUGACUUCUACAAACAUUACUUGCGAAAUAUAACGUGUAAAGGAGACGAGGCUAAAAUCAUUUGGUGUGAGCACGAUGGGUGGUAUCAUCACAGUAAUUGCACUCACGACGCUGUGGUAACUUGCUCUCAAGUAAAGGAAGAUCCAGGUACCCAGUGGUGGCACUUGUUACUGUUGACUGUGGGAGGAGUAUGUUUCCUUGUUCUUUUGACUUAUACAUUCUUCUGCACCUUUGGAAAAGGAUAUCUCAAAGAGCUACUUGAAGCUUGGAACCGUUUCGUAAACGGAGGGGGAGGGUCAGUGCCUACUGAAUCAGAGACCCCGGGAGACAUGAGCACAAUAGUCAGCCUUCAAACUGGAUCAGGCACGGGUAGUGUGAAUCCCAUCUCUCUUAGUGGUGGUUUUAGCAGUUGGCCCUUCCCUUCCGGCAGUGUCCAGAGAACUGCUGAACCUAUUGGGCCUGUUUAUCCGGAGCCUAGACAAGAGGAUAAUCUCAAACGUCUCAAUAGUAGAGAAUGUGAUGAGUGGGUAUUGGGUGGGUAUAAGGUUGAAGGAAAAACACUUGUUUGCAAGUCGUAUAAAAACAUCACUGGUGAAACUAAAGAUAACAUGAUGACUGAGUAUUUCUUCCUGUCCAAUGUUAAACACUCAAACAUAGUGGAGUGUGUUAAUGAACCGAGGGAGAUCUCUUUUAACAACGAGAAGAAACAAUCAUUUUUCAUGGAACGCUUGGAAUUUGGUGGCUUGGACUCUUAUUUGAGAGGAGAUUCUAAUGGAGUAGCUAAUGGACAUUUAAUGACAGUAGAAGAUGCUACAAGCGUUGUCGUGGGGGCCUGUAGAGCCCUUCACUAUGUACAUAGUCUGGGAUACGUCCACGCUGAUAUUUGUAGUGAUAACUUAUUUGCCUUCAGAAAUCCUGACACGAAACUUUUGGAUGUCAAAUUGGGAGAUUUUGAAUCCUUCUACCGCCCACAAAAGAGAGAGGAUGGGGGAUCAGGCUGGAAGUCAGUAAAACAUACCGCCCUAUACACUGCACCUGAGUGCAUUCUAGACUGCCCCAAAAAUGCGAACGAAAAAGUCAUCAAACGAGAUGCUUUUAAGAAUGAUGUUUGGGGCAUUGCUUUAGUUCUUUGGGAAAUUCAAUCUUGGAUCAUGUGCAAAAAUAAUAAGACUUGUCUCAGAAGUAGAGAACAACCAGGGGAAACAGUAAUGAAUACUGUGUCAAGAUACUUCAAGUCUAGGAUUGCACAUGUUUACGACUAUAACGACUGCAGAUCACAGGUCCACGUCGCUCUCUUCCAGAAGAUAAAUCGUGUCAACCCCAGUGUCCUAAGCGCUAAACCAGACACUAAACUCAUGAAGGAAUUCUACGAAAGAAUUUACCCGUGUAGCGUGGGGUAUCCUUUAAUGGACCCUAAACUGGAUAUAAAGUUCGGUUGGCCUAUAACCAAACUUCUGAAGAUGUGUUUGAGGAUAGAACCGGACAACAGACCGUCAAUGAGGGAGGUAUUAGAACAGUUCCUCAAUCACGCCAACUCAUCCUUCUUGAAAUACAAACACGAUAUUGCAUCAGAUUUGGACACAAAAGGUGAUUUAUCACUUAGUCUAGAGGAUGUUGAUCCUAUUGAUCUCCACUUCCAGUCAGAAAUAUAUUCACCAUCUAGCCUCCAACCUAACCUGGGCCAAUUGUCCCGUUCACGGCCUAACUCAAAUAUCUGAAACAGACGGAACUUUCUUAAAAUACUAUCUAGUUUAUGUCUGCCACGUUUCAGAGUGAUUCCAUAAACAUUUUAGGAAGAAUGGUUAUUUUUGGGUAUUUACAUUUUAAAUCUUGCUUGCAAUAGAAUUACACAUGAAUUACACAACUUGCCAUUACUUUUGCCAGGAUCAGUCUUUUUUGAUAUGGUAAAGAGUAAUUAAUACUGGUUGGGAGAGGGGUCAGGGUAUCUGUUAGAUAUUACUCUCCUCCCAAAACAUCAUGAAAUUUAUUUUCAUGAUCGAUCAAAAUAUUAGAUACCGUCAAUAACUCAAAACAGUUUUUUUUGGAGAAAAGCCCUUUUUAUUUUUAAUACGCUUUUAUUUUUAAUACGCUCUUCACUAUACAGUUUUACACAUCCUUAAUAAUAUAAUCAGUUAGGGUUUGAACUGAGUAAAGCAGUUGAACAUAUUCCAAACCCAAUACACACAUUCAAUAAAUGUAAUAGGUUGAUAUUGUGAACUGUUGUCUGUUUCAAAGUUAAAAAACGGCCCUUUAUCUGACCUUCAGUUUCAUGGUAAAUGAGUAAAGAGCAGCUUAUGGUAAUCUGACAUGAAACGUAAAGUUGGAUAUAAUUGGUAUUUGCUCCUUAAUAGAGAAUUUUGUUGAAAAUACAAACUUUCAGAUCUGCAGACUUAUUGUAAUUGGUUUAAUUAGUUGAAUUAUUUAAAUAAUUAUAUUGAAUUGUUGUAGACACGAAUGCUGAUACACUGUCUUUUAAAACGUCAUGAAUCAUGUAUGUGAAAAUUUUGAUGUUGUUGCUUUUCAUAAAAAAGUUGAGACUUCAAACCGAUAUUUUAUUCUUUUAUUUUUGAUUAUUUUUAAUAGAUGAUUUUACUGUCCAUGUUUCCAGUUAAGAGAAGUUUUACAAAAACUUUCUUGUCUUGUUAUUUCUUUGAAACGCCAUAUUAUUUACUAAUAAGACUGCCAAGAUUGUUGGCAUUUUGAAGCGAUUAGGCAUUAUCUAGUUCUAUUUUAGCAAAAAACCGAUGAUAUUAAAAUGAAAUGAAAUAAUGUGCUUAUCAUCUUGUACUUCUCUGUUUAUUAAUCAUAAAGUUAAUAAAUCGUUACCAAAAGUUGACACAAGGAGCAUUUUUAGCUUAAAAUCACAAUACAGUAUAAUAUGUAAUAUUGUAUACAUUAUGACCCUGGUUUAAAAUUUCUGUAAUUUCAUUUCUGUUUUAGUUACGCAUUUGAUUUUUGGUAUGCGUAUAAAAAUUAGAAAAUCGAUACGGCUUUAAAAUGAGAUGUUUGGCGACCUCCUAGCUCACUCACUAGACUCAGUAGGAGUGAUUGAAUUGCGAGGGACAAUUGAGGCUAACGGAUUAGCCUCAUCACUUUUCAAAAAGAACUUUCUCAUGUUACGUCCAUGAUAUCCAAGUUGCAAGAAUAGUCCAUAGUUAUUAUACUUGAUCGAGAUCGAAUCUAAGCUUUAAAUAUUCGAAGUGAAAAUGAGGCUAACCACCUUUUGAGAGGAUGAAAUGAGGCUUACAAGUACACUUUUGUGUAUAUUUUCGAGCAGGUUCGGUAUUGUGACUAUCUAAUAUGUCAACAAUAAAGAUUGAUUCAUCCUCUUCAAGCUCAACAUUUCAGAAAUCGCUGAGUCUAAUUGUAGGAGGCCAAAAUGAGG